CUUUGUCAUGGUUAAUAGAAUAAGCCAAAGGUAAAAUCAAAGAAUAUCAUUUUUAAACCCUAAAAAACCGCAAGGAUUUUCAUUCAGUCACUCGCACAGAUCUUGGCCUUUGCUUCGAUUAUAAUUUUCAUGAUUACUCUUGUUCUCCGAUCUAAUUAAUUAUUGAAAUGGCGGCAAUUGCGUUUCAUCAGUUUGCCGAUUGCAUCACUUGUCAUGCUUGGAGUCCCGAUCAAUCCAUGCUUGCUCUUUGCCCAAACAACAAUGAGGUUCACAUCUAUAAACUAGUGGAAGAAAGUUGGGAAAGGAUUCAUGUUCUCCAAAAGCAUGACCAAAUCAUAGUGGGGAUAGAUUGGAGUAAAUCAUCAAACAGAAUAGUUACUGUGUCUCAUGAUCGGAAUUCGUAUGUGUGGAACGAGGAAGGAUCUUUAUGGGUGCCUACACUUGUUAUCCUUAGGCUUAACCGUGCUGCACUUUGUGUGCAGUGGAGUCCUAAAGGAAACAAGUUUGCUGUGGGAAGUGGAGCUAAAACUGUUUGUAUAUGCUACUAUGAGCAGGAGAAUAACUGGUGGGUUAGUAAGCUAAUCAGGAAAAGGCAUGAUUCUUCUGUGACUAGUGUUGCUUGGCAUCCUAAUAACGUUCUCAUUGCUACAACAUCUACUGAUGGAAAAUGCCGAGUAUUCUCAACUUUUAUUAAAGGAGUUGAUGCAGGUAAACCAAAAAAAUCAGGAAGCGGCUCGUUAGAUGCAAAAUUCGGAGAGCAAAUCGUUCAACUCGAUCUCUCAUAUUGCUGGGCGUUCGGUGUCAAAUGGUCCCCAAGCGGAAAUAGCUUAGCCUAUGUCGGCCAUAAUUCGAUGAUAUACUUCGUUGACCAAAUUGGACCUUCUCCAUUGGCUCAAAGUGUAACACUGCGUGAUCUGCCUCUCCGUGAUGUUAUGUUUGUCUCUGAGAAACUAGUAAUUGGUGCCGGCUUUGACUGCAAUCCCAUGGUUUUUGCAGCAGAUGGAACAGGUUUAUGGAGCUUUGUCAGGUACCUUGAUGAAAAAAAGACGACAUCUUCUAGUGGAAGAUACGGUUCACAGUUUACGGAAGCAUUUGGAAAGUUCUACGGAAGCUCGAAACAGGGAACCAGCAAUGAUAAAGGUCGUGCUGGUGUUCACGACAACUGCAUCACUUGCAUUGUGCCACUGAAGAAAUCCGAGGGUACCAAAUUGACCAGCUUUAGCACUUCAGGACUAGAUGGUAAAGUGGUGAUAUGGGAUUUGAAAAGUCAGGAAGACCUGCUCGAGUAUCUUUAAAUCGUGGAUGAUGCAUGGGUAUUUGUGUUUUUAAGAUUUCUAGGACCGUAUGCUUGUUUUUCGCGGUGUUAUAUAAAAUAAAACAUUAUAUAAAGAUGCUACGACUUGGUUGUUUUUUAUGUAGUAUCGAUCAAACAUUUCGAUAUCCCUUUCAUCUUACAGAGUUUCCGAAGAAGUUUGACUUUCGGGUCAAACUUGUCUACCGGAUUCAUGCAAA